AUGGAGUGCGAGGCAAGACGCAAAGUCAGGGAGUGGCGUCGUGUGGCCAAGGACGCGGCAGCUGUAAAGCUCCACGACGCCGUUGAUCUCACACUGCACCCGGCGGUUGAGCGGGCGACGAUGCCCGGCCUUACGCCGUUCCGCAGGCUCCGCACUAGCGACAUCCUCACAGAGCUCGUGCAGCUCCCAUCAGUAGCAAUGACAUCGCAUGUGAGUUUCAUCUUUGGCGCUGUGUGGGUGCUGAGUCAGUUAGCUCGCGGCGCUCAAACUCCGACAAAGGGCGUCGCGCCUCUGCGACUCCUCAUUGGGGUGCUGCUUGUGCUUUUACAUAUUCGAUUCAUAAGAUGGCGACAGCCGGUUGUAAGCACUGUGUCGAAUGCACUAGAUGUGUCAGGUUCAGCUAGGGGGCCGUGCCGUGUUGUCGAUAAGGUGCUCACUAUCACUAACUCCCACGCAGGGACGCACGCCGAUAUGCCACAUCACUUCUCUUGUGACUCCAACGCCGUGGCUUUCGAGGACGAACACUACUCGGGUGAUGCAUUAAUUCUGGACAUUAGUGGUCUUCUGAAGGACGCGAGCAAUGACGUCGAUGACGACAAACCGCGACCCAUUACUCGCCACAUCAUGGAGGACGCCAUUGCGCAGUGUGGCCUUUUGCUACAGCCUGUGUGGCGGCUUCUGCUAGUGACGCGCCACGUCUGUAACUAUGGCGAUGCCGCGUGGAAAAAUGGGUUCGCAUACCUUGAGCCAGAGACAGUGCGGUAUCUUGCCGAAUCCUUUCCGUUGCUGCUGUUGGUUGGCACUGACGCGCCAUCCGUCGAUCACCCCGAUGCAGCCCCUAUAUGUGAGGCGGCACACGGCGCUCUGUAUGAUCGAGGAAUAGCUCUUCUCGAGAGCCUACAGUUUGAUGCGGUGCAUUCUCUCUUCAAGGAUUCAAGAGUUCUUCGCGGUUCCAUAAUGACUGUCUUCAGUACAACACAGUCAUUUAAGGAUAGUCGGGGAUGUCAUGUAAUAUUUUUUCCCAUGCUGAAUUCAAAGUGCGAGGCAGCAGUUGAGUGA